CUCUUAUUAUCCCAUUCAAACUAUCCUUUGUGCCGCUCUCAUUCCACACACGAUUACUUUACUAGUCGGAGAUCCUAGGGUCAUCCUCUUCAGCAGUAGCUAAAAAUUCAUCCAUAAUUUGGUUGUUUUUGAGUUCUUCCUGGCUGCGGACUGUCUUGCCGACGAUUGAUCUGCAGGCGCUGGAAGAAACCCACGCUUCGACCGGAGAGGCGAGCGUCGAGACAGGCUCUCACAAGCUUUGAUUCUCUCGGUCAGCAUAAUAUACUGCAGACAUGACUAUCUGCAAAUACUUCCAGCAAGGCCGUUGCAAGUACGGGGAUAGCUGUAGAUUUGAACACCCCGGUGUGAACACAGCAAGCUCUGGCAAUCGAUUUGAAGUCCUAUCGGGCGGUGGCGGAGGAUUUGGAGGCCGCACAAACCAACAAAACCAACCAGCACAAAAUUAUGGGGUGGUUGCAUCCGAUAUCAAGUUUGACCUCACGCCUCAAAAGGGGCGGCCAGAUUGGGUCUUUUCUUCAUACGGCCCGGGCAAAAAUGCGCCAAAGCAGCUGUUUGGAGGCCCGCAACGGGAACAGAGUUUUGAAGAGAUGAGACUGCGACACUAUGAGGCUGUCGCUGCAGGAAAUCCAGCCCAAGCGAUCCAGGAGGCGGAAGCUCUUUAUGCGGAGUCGCUGAAGCAGAUGGACGUGAUUUUAAGCGAUCUUGACGGCGCUGUCAAAUACAUUCUGGACGGCGAAAAGGAACAUCCUAAUCGAAUCGACAUCACAGAAGGUAGAGUCGGCCCUGCAAUGAGCCAGCCUCAACAGCAAGCAUUCGGACAGCCUUCGGCAUUCGGUCAACCAGCGCAAGCACCUGCGUUCGGUCAGCCCUCAGGCCUAGGUGGCGCUCAACCAGCCUUCGGAAACCCCUCCGGUUUUGGCCAGCCGUCUGCAUUUGGUCAACCGUCAGCGCUUGGUCAGAAACCUGCCUUCGGACAGCCGGCGGCACUAGGUCAGGGUUCUUCUGCCUUUGGGCAGCCUUCAGGGCUCGGUGCUCAGCCUGCCUUUGGCAAACCUGCGUUCGGUCAGUCAGGGUUUGCCCAGCAACAGCCUGCGUUCGGUCAACCGGCAUUUGGCCAAACUUCUGCCCCUGCUCCGUCCGGUUUUGGACAGCCUAGUACGGCAUCCCCCUUCGGCCAAGUUCAACCUCAAGCUCAAGCUCCAAGUGGCUUCGGGCAGCCUUCGGGCCAGAGCACUGUGUCACCAUUCGCUCAGGCAGCGCAACAACAAGCACCAACAGCAACGUCUGGUUUUGGCCAACCGUCACAGACAGCUUCGCCAUUCGGCCAGGUCGCACAGCAAGUCCAACCCGCAGCCAACCCUUUUGGUCAACCAGCACCGGCGGCGGCGGCGGCGGUAACUCCGAGCCCCUUUGGCCAACCCGCUCAACAGCCUACGCCUUCACCUUUCGGCAAGCCAGCAGCACCAGAGGCUUCGCCGUUCGGUCAACCCGCUGCGGCACCGCUAGCACCAGCAGCUCCCACCACUGCCGGACCGCCUGCAGUGUUGAAACUAGAUGCGCAAGAUCUGAACCCUAUCCCUCCGUUGAGCGGACAGACGAUGCGCGAUCCUGUCAGCAAAAAACUCACGGCGUGGAAGGGACAGCCGGUGAAAUACAUCAAUGACUCGCCGUGCUACCUGCAUCCAACCGAUCGUCAGACCUACGUCCACAUCUUCUUCCCCGACGGACCUCCCGAUGAAGCGAGUUUGCGCGACGCCUACGGGAAGCCAGAGGAGUACACGCCGGAAGUCACUGAACAGUAUGAGUUCUUCAUGAAAAACGGAUACUUCAAGGACGGAGUGAUCCCGAGUGUUCCGCCCAAAUCGGAGUGGGUGAGCUUUGAUUUUUAGACAAGUCUCCCCACGGAGUUGAUUACGGUGAUACCCCAUCGCGAGACAGUAUUCCAGCUUCUAGACAGAAUAGUCAUAAGAGUAAUCACUCAUUACAUUACGAAUUGAGCUACCUAUCUUCGAUAGAGAUGAAAGUGCACAGUGUGUAUGG